AUGUCCAGUGCCUCGCAGAGGGCCAGGUCUGAGCCGCGGGCCAAGGGCGGCGGCCGCAAGGGCAAGAGCAAAGGAGUUGGCAAGGCAGGCAAGACCAACGCGAGCGGAGCCAACCCCCUGGACUACGUCCGCUGUGCGAACUGCUCGUACAAGUGGAACUUCAAGGCCAGGGUGGAGUGCUACAACUGCAAGAAGCCGCUCAAGCCUGCCGCAGUGGACGAGCCUCCGCAGCUACGGGCAUCGGCGUGGUCAUUCGCGCGCGAGCCGUGGGUGCGGCACUCUGACGACUGGUUCGGGUACGAGGCACCGCCACCGCAGCCCGCCCCGCCGCAUCCCGAGCACGGCCAGCAGCUCGAGGCCAUCAAGAUGGCAGUCGCACCACCGCCCGUUGCGGCCACGGUGUUGCCAGAUGUGGCCCUCAACCGCGCCCGGGCCAAGCAGCGGCGGGCUCAAGCCGCCUUCCUUUCCAAGUCCCAGCAGGUGCAGGCGCAGGAGGCGCAGGAGCCUGGCGCCAUGGCUCAGCCUGCCGUGGGCCUCAACGUCACGGCGCUUUUGGCGGAAGACUUCCAGGUCGAGGCAGGCGACGCCUUCAGGCUGGACGACCCCGACCUGGACAUCACCGACACGGAGCGCGAGGAGUUCAACAAGUCCCUGGAAGGCUUCGUCGAGCAAGUCAAGCAGCACGUGCGCACCACCUUCGGUGAGGCCAAGACGCAGCUGGAGCAGAGGCGCAGCGAGAUCGACGCCAAGCACCAGCAGCUGCUGGCCAGGCGCCAGCCGCAGGCCCUGCGGCAGCAGGCCCCGCGGAGGCCCCAGCGGCCGCCGCGGCCCCAGCCCAGGCCCCCACCCCUGGGCAGCCUGAGGCCCCUGCUCGGCCUCCUGUUGCUCACCCUCCAGAGCCACCCAGCCUCCGCGGCCCCGAUGGCGCAGCCAAGUUGGCUCAGCUCAGGCGGGACUUGGAAGCAGCAGCCGCCGUUCCAGCCGGGGGCGCAGAUGCGUAAGGCCCAGACCUGGGGACCUGAUGCGCCGCCAGAGGCCAAGCCACGAGAGCCCAGACCCGUCCGCCUGGGCAGGCGGGAGCGGGCCAUCCUGGCCACGCGUAUGCGCCGCAUGGCUCGGCACUGGUGCCCUACCCCGUCGCUGGGGACCACGGCUCAGGACCGCAGGCACUGGGACUCCUACUGCGUGCCGUACAUCUUCCACCAGCUGGGCUCUGGGGAGUACACAGCCAUGCUGGACGACCUGGCAGCCACCACGGGCAGCGGAUCCCGAAUUGCCGAGCGCAUGAGGAUUGCACGGGAGUUGGGUGACGAAGCCUGGAACCGUGGAGGGGAUGCCAGGCGCCUCCAGCGGCAGUGGCUGGAGCAUCUGCAAGUGGCUAAUCAGGAUGCUUUCGAGCGUGAGGCGGCUCAGCAGGACCGCACCCAGUCAGCCGCGGAGCGGUGGUUCGACCGCCAGUCCCAGGCGACGUCGGGAACGCAGGCCCCCACCGUCUACUUCGACGACCGCAUCCACUGCUGGAGGUUGUGCGCCGCGAAGGUGCUGGAGGCCGACCUCGGCCCAUCCACCUCGACUGGGACCUCGGAGGAGCCGCUGUGUUGCUCUGCCUCGCCCGUUGAAUGCACCGAGCUCACUCCCACCCCAGCCGCGUGCAACCUCACGGACGAGCACCGAGGCUCAGCUGUCUCAUCUGGGGAAAGCCACUGCGGCCCUGGGCAGCCUAACAUCAUCGAGAUGGCCCAUGAGACUGUGGCACACCCUACCGAGGGCGGGGACGUCAGUGUCGGCAGUGUUGGCGGCCAGUCCACCUGCAGCGGGACUCCGGCAAAGCCCCAGUGCGACGUCGCCAAGUAUCGACCCUCAGCAGCAGGAGCCCGCAGAGGCAAGCGUCGACAGCGGAGCCACAGGCGCUUCACCUUCCACAGCGUCAAUGCCAGCCUCAGCUGGGGCAACGUUGUGGGCUACCUCCACGGCGCGGCACACCAGCAGCUCACCGAGGGCAAGAUUCCGAUCAUCGGUUUCCAGGAGCACGGCAAGCGGCGUUUAUGGGCCGAAGAGAGCGCACGGGCCCUGCUGCCCUUGGGCUGGAGGGCCCUGCCCACGCCAGCGACGGACGGCCCGAAUGGAGGGGCCUCGGCGGGCGUCUUGCUGGCGAUACCUGCCUGCGUCGGCGUCACUCUUGCAUCUGGACAGCGACACUGGGACAUAUCUCCCCCAGGUUGUGCAGGCAGGCUCCUGAUGGCCACCCUCGAGGCCAAGGGCAUCGGCAAGUUACUGGUUUUCUGUGCGUAUUGCUUCACUGGUCAGAAGUUGGCGUCUGUGGGCAAUUCAGCUCUCCUGUCAGUUAUCACGGGGUGGGCAGUCCAGCUCCAGCUGCCCUGGAUCGUCAUCGCGGACUGGGAGAAUCUACCUGACGCUUUGGAGCGUUCGCCGUGGAACAACCAGCUCAGAGGCCGCGUCGUAGCGUGGCAAGGGGAAGGGGGCACCAACCGCUCCCCGCACGGUGAGCGCGUGAUCGAUUAUUUCUGGAUGCACUCCAGUUUGGCUGCCAAUAUUUCCCCAGCUCGCAUUGACGACGACGCGGUCUACCACCCUCAUAGAGCCACAUGGGUCGAGUUUCAGCAGCCUUGGUCGGCCUUUACCUACACCAAGCUCAUCCGACCCCACAAGUUCCCGAUCCCAGGAGUCAAGCCGAGGCACUUCGAUCUCUCGUGCCCAGACGUGCCUGCAGGUUUCGACCCCGAUGCGGUGCCUACCCAGGAGCUCCUGGACGACACCUGGGAGGCUUUCUGCCACGCCGCCGAGGAGGAGCUGAUCCAGAAGGUGGGUUUGGACCCCAGCAGUCGGCAAGCCGAUCAAUGCCGAGGGCGUGGGGGACCACCGCGCUUCAGGAAGUGCCCGUUGCUCCCGACCCACACCGAGGCCAUCGCUUCGUACGGGGAGGCCAAGCGUUGGAGGUGGUUUGCCAACGAGUUGGCUUGGCUGGGCAUCAUUGAAGUAAAGCUUUUCAGCUACACGGGCGCUUCCGACCUGGCCCUCACCACGUUGCACCAGCAGCGGCACGCCUCCAUCCGCAAGUUGCGUGACCGCUUCAGGCACCACAUGCUGUUAGAAGGCGUGGCUGAGCUGCAGGAGUUCUUCGAGGUUUUCACGUCUCGGGACCGCGGCUAUGAAGACUUGCAGGAGCUCUCGGCUUGGCGCCUCAGCUGCAGUCAGUAUGCCUCGUACUUGGAGUGGCAGAUCGGCAAGGAACGACGAGAUUCCUGCAAGCAGCGGUUAGAGGACGAUUUCCCAGGCUCGCAGGGGCUCCUCCACAGGGUCACCAAGUGGCGCCAGGCUUGGCAGGCCCCCAAGGGCAGCAUCUCCAAGGAGCUGCUCCCAGCGGCGCCUCAGGCCGCCGUGGACCAGGCGUGGCAGCUGCCCACCAUCAGGAGCUGGUUGGCGGCGCACCCCAGGAGCUACGACUACACGGCGGCGGGCCAAUCAUCGGAGCGUGCGCUGUGGAAAGCUUUGUUGGACGACGAGCUCGUGUUGGGCACAGGCAUACGCGCGGCCACGAUGCUGGCGGACCUCGCCAAGUGUUAUGAGAAGGUUCCGCAUGAGCGUAUGUGGUGGCUAGCAGCUUGGUGGGACGGCCCGCUGGAGGUGGUCGCGCUCGCCCUGGAAAGUUUCGCCUUUGGCCGUGUCAUUCGUCUCGGGGAGGCUUGCUCGGCGGAGGUCCUGUCCUCCACAGCGCUCCCAGCGGGCAGCCGUUUCGCGCCCACCUUUCUGAGGUUCUACCUCACGCUGUGCUUAGACGACCUGCUGGGGGUUUUCCGCCUCACGAUCUACUUGUACGUUGAUGACAUCGCCCUGCGGGUCAUGUCCACCGAGGCGCGCGUCUUGUACAUGCUGCCGCAGGCCACGCGCUUGCUGUUUUGGAUGCUGGAGUCCUUCUUGGGCCUGGAGGUAGCCCGAGCGCGGGACGGGGCGAGAGGCAAGUGCUCUUUCCUGCAAACGGCCACUCCGUCUUCAGGCUUGACGCAGGCCAUGGCCGUCCUGGGGGUACCGCCCAGCACCUCCGAGCGGUGGCUCGGCAUCGACUACGGUCCCAGCGUCAAGACAGAGAACCAGUCAGCCCCAGUCAGACACGCGCGGCUCAAGAUAGCCAAGCAGCGUUGGCCUAAGAUCCGCGGCCUUCCUCGUGCACGCGGGGGCAAGCUCAAGAUGGUCGUGCGGCAGGGCCUCGGAGCCUCGGUCGCAUACGGCGCCCGUGUCCGCGGCACGCCCAGGCCCAUCGUGCGUUUCAUCCAGCAGAAGGAUCGGGCCGUCCGCAGGGGCGCCACAGCUUUUACCUCCCGAGUCUUGCACGACGGCCUCGACCCCAGUUGCGCCGACACCCUCGUUCUAGCACCGCUGCUGGCUUGGGCGGGGGGAGCUUGGGACCACCCAGAGGGGCGGCGUGCGCAGGCCACAGCAUGGGCCCGAGUGCAGCAACAGCUCGCGCUGUACAUGGACGCCGACGCUCAGGAGUUGUGGUCAGUGAUUUGCCCCAAGUCGGUCGAGGCCGCCGUGCUUUUGGCCGCCCGUUCCAGAGCCCUGUGCCAGUGGGCUGCGGCUCAGCCCGAGCGGGCUGCGCUCCUGCCAGCGCCGUGGUUCACCCCAGCGAGGCAGUUGGUCAAGCGGCGCAAGCAGGACGGGUGGCUGCAACACCAUGCCGACGCGGUCAAGAAGGCGGUGUUGGGCGGUUUCCCUUCGCAGGAGGCCCUUUUCUCUUCGGGCCAGGCGGACACUCCGUAUUGCCAGCUUUGCGACGACACGACCUGUUUCGGCACCCACCAGCACUAUUACUGGCGGCGCGGCAGCCCGACGUGUGCCACGGUGAGGGAGCAGCUGACGGCCCACGACGCGUCACCUACCUUCAGAGACGUCGGCCACCUGGGCGUGUCGGCCUCCUCGUCGGAAGCCUCAAGAUGGUUGUGGGGGCGGGGUUUGCGGCGAACCCCAUGUUACGGCUUGGCUUGGAGUCUACCGUCGCAGCGCACCCAUUGGAUCGUCAAUGGCGCGGCCCCCGAGCUCACCGAUGUGCUGGUUUCGGACGGAUCAGUCAAAGGCUUGGAUGACCUCAGGCACGGCGGCUGGGCGGCUUUGCAGUGCACAGCGGAGGCCGACGACGUGGUGCAGGGCCUGUACGGCCCACUGCCCUUUCCCGACCCCAGCUCGGUCCUGGCAGAGUUGUGGGGUCUCCUCCACGCCCUCAGGCAUUCGGUCUUCAUCACGGCCAUCAUCAUUGACAAUGCUCAGGUGGUCCAAGGCUUGGCCCGUGGCAGGGCAUGGUGUUGUUCAGCGGCCAGGCCCUAUGCGCACGUCUGGCUCGAGAUCUGGAAUCGCCUGGAUGACAUGGACAUCCGUCCUGGCAGAGAGUUGUCGGUCAUCAAAGUCGCCUCGCACAUAUCGCAGGCCAAACGCCUAGAGCUGCCAGGGGAGGUCCAGAUUCACAUGAGGCACAAUGACUUAGCCGACGAAUGGGCCAAGCAAGGAGCGGACCUCAGCGCGCCGCCAGAGUGGGCCACGUUGCAGGUCAAGCAGGAGCUCAAGGCCACCAAGCGCGUGCUCGAGUACAUCGGGCACUUCAGGGCCCUCCUCGACGGGGUCAAGCUGGCGGAGCCUAGGCACCAGCACGUUCUGGAAGUGUGCCGCGGUUACUCCAAGUGCACCAACUGCGGCAAGGCGCCGCCGCUCGGCCUGUGCGACAGCGAGCAGACCAUGGAGAUCAGG